AUGUUCCGAAAGCCAAAAGCCAAGACGAACGUGCGCAAGAAGGUCGAAGACGAUGAAGAGCAGGACCAUGAAGAAGCUAAUACUUCAAAGAUUGAGGACAUCAAGGACGUCCAACGAGCCCGUGAGCGCAAAAAUGGGUUGAAUGAGGUCGAGUGCGCGGUGGGGAGAGAUCGAGCCCGGCAGCUGACUUCUGGAGAUGAAGUGCAAAUGACUGGCGGCGGGAUAUCGAUCACACCGCAACAAAAAGCCAAGCUCGAAGCCAAGGACAUAGAAAAGGGAAUGAAGGACCAAUUCGAAAAAGAAUCUUUGCUCAGAGAUGAGCACGAAGAGCUGCGAAAAUACGUUGAGAGCGGUCUUCAUGGCGGAGCCAAAUUCGCGGCCCCCGCUCAACCCAGCAGCAGCCCGGCUACCACGAAAACGUGUUCCGAUGUCGCACUGGCUCGUGCCGCCUCGAUGGUCGCCAAAUUCCGGAGUCAAGAAAGUGGCGAGCUGCUGAGCAACCAAAUGUUGGCCGGCAUCCCGGAAGUCGAUCUGGGCAUCAACUCGCGAAUCACGAACAUCCUGGAGACGGAGAAGCGCAAAAAGCAGCUGCUGCAACUCGCAAUUUUAAAGGCGAAGACUAAAGAUUUACCUGUUGUGACGACGGACGUGGAAGAGGCGGCGGCGAAACGGAAGCGCUUUUCAACCGACGUGUACCACGAU